UCUCCCUUUUUUUUCUCUUUUACUGUACUUUUUUUUUUUGCCUUCCUCAGCCGCACCCCUCCCUCCUCGCUGCCGAGCGUCCCAGCCCCCUCGCUCGUCUUCCUCCUCGCGCACGACUGGAUUUCAGUACUGCAAGAGCGCCGACGCCGACGGUAGGGCGGUCCUCCGCCCGUGGAGGUGGCACACCAUCUUGAUCCGCCCCUGACCGGGGUUGUGGCGCUUGUUAGGUCAAAUGGACGAUACCUUGGCUAAUAUAAGGAAGAAGUUGAAAAGGCUGAAGAAGGGCAAGGAGGAAGAUGUUGUCGCGGUGGCUGGAUUUGGGGCUGAGGGUGAGGUAUUGGCUGAGCAGGAAGAUCUGCAGGGUGGUAUUGAUAUGGGUGAGGGUGUUGCCGACGAAAACAGCAAUCUGGAGGUUGAGAACUUGAUAAUUGGGGAUGGUUUGAAAGGUUUAGGUGAUUUAGGGUUAGAAGACUCCUUGUCAGUGCUCUUUAAGAAACCUGGUCGCAAGUCUAGACAGAUCUCUAAGAAGGAUGCAGAAGGUGUGGAAGUUGCCGAUUCACAUGCUGAGGAAGCUCUUGCCAACAGAUCUGAUUUGGCUUCGGACAUGGCUGCCAAAGGCACAAAAAGGAGAAGGCGGCGCACAAAGGCAGAGAUGAGAAUGGCUGCGGCAAAUUAUGGAAGUUCGGUGGUCAAUUAUCGAUUGCCUAGGAAGGCAAAGGCAAAGCCAACAGCUAGUAAUUCUAAUAGGCGCUCCAAGGUUGACACUCAUAAAGCUUUGGGAGAAGUGGCUUCUGAGUCUUCCCCUGAUUUGCAACAGACGUCUGAUGACAAUGAAAAGGCUGCAGAUGAUGGUUUAUGUUGCGUAUCAUUGGGAGAAACACUAAUACAGGAUGUGGAAACCAGUAGAAUACCAGAUGAUGGAUCUAGAAAUUCGUCUGAUGGAGCCAGUCAUCGGUAUGAAGUUCCCGCUAGGGCUAGCAAUUUCUCAGGCUUGAAACCUUGUUCAGGACUGCAUGCUGAAGAAACAUCUCGUAGUGCAGCAAAUGCAUCCCCUGAUUGUAUUUCUGAUGUACAAAAGACAUGUUCUGAAGCAUUAGUGAAGGAUAGAUAUGCUGAUGCAGAUUGUUCUCCAGACAGGCCACCGGCAUCAACCAUGAGAAGGAAAACAAGUCUAAAACUAAAAGAAGUGCCCAAAAAACCUGUUAGACAAAAGGAGUUACCUUCCGUUGGUGCUGAUGAUAAACCAGGUGAGAUAGCAGAAAGUGAUGUGUUGUUAAAGGAGCGAUGCAAAAAUACAUUUCGUUUGGGAAGAUUAACCACUGUGGUUCCAGCCAAAUCGGCAGGUUGUACAGGCGGCCUUAAACAUGGCAAUACUGAGCCAAGCGAGGCUGUGCCAACAGAAGAAAACUUAGAUCAGCCAGCUGCUUUUGGGAUUCAUGGCUCCCGUGUGACCGCCAAGGAUUCAUGUGCCUCUCAUAACAUCAUAGCAUCUGCAAAAGAAAUGGAUAUCAUUGAUGUGGCAGCAACAUCUGAUUUUGAGGACAUGGAGAACACAUCAAAGGUGAAACGUGUAACACGAAGUGCUAAAAAACGCAAGCAUGGUGACAUGGCAUAUGAGGGAGAUGUUGACUGGGAAACUCUAAUGCAAGAGCAGGGUCUGUUCUCCAACCCCUCAGCAGGUUUUGCGGACCCAUCUCUCAAAUCAAAAGAUAAAAUUAAAGCGUUGGAAGUUUUGGAGAAUGGAGGUGCUGCUGGUGUUGCUGCAGUAAGUGCUGGCCUAAGGGCGGAGGCUAUUUCUCCAAUUGAAAAGAUCAAGUUCAAGGACGUCUUGAAGCGCAAGGGUGGCCUUCAGGAGUACCUGGAGUGCAGGAACAUGAUCCUAAAUUGCUGGAACAAGGACGUCAAACAUCUAUUGGAUCUUGCAGAUUGUGGUUUCUCUAAUGUUCCCUCGGAAGAUGAUUCGCCACGUCAAGCACUUACGCGUGACGUGUACUUUUUCUUAGAUCAAAAUGGCUACAUAAACGCUGGAAUCGCAUCAGCCAAAGUCACAGCGGAUCACGGAAUAACUUGUCCAGAAGUUGCGGAAGUAUCCCAGCUAAAUGAAUUAAGUGGAGUGAAACCAUUCAACAUUCAAGGUAAAGUCGUUGUAUCACUCCAGGAUAAAGGUCCUGGUUAUGGUGCUUUUGGACCUUUGACAGAAACAUCGAAGGAAGAUAAAAUCCCUGACAUUCAAUGUGAUGCUCAAGAGUUACUAUCUCACUUACAGUCCAAAGAACAGGCAUUUGAAGAAAAGAAUCUAGAUGCAUCACUACCAUCCACCAAUAUUAACUGCCAGUCAUAUCUGGAUGAUUCAGUUGGAGAAGUUGAAGGCUGCAGUCUCCAUCAACCAAAGGCGGGUGCUACUAAACUUUCUGGAAACAACCAUGAAGUAAACUAUAGAGUUGAAGCUGGCGGGUAUUGCAAAAAGAUAAUAAUUGUGGGAGCUGGUCCAGCAGGUUUAACUGCAGCCCGGCAUUUGCGGCGGCAUGGUUUUGCUGUCACUGUUCUUGAGGCACGCAACAGAAUUGGUGGUCGUGUUUAUACAGAUCGUACAUCACUGUCAGUUCCUGUGGAUUUGGGUGCUAGCAUUAUUACGGGUGUUGAGGCUGAUAUAGCGACUGAAAGAAGGGCUGAUCCAUCCUCUUUGAUUUGUUCUCAGCUUGGUCUUGAACUCACUGUGUUGAAAAGUGCUUGCCCUCUCUAUGAUGUAGUAACUGGCAACAAGGUUUCUGAUGAUUUGGACGAUGAAUUGGAAUCUGAAUACAAUGGUCUUCUUGAUGAAAUGGAACAUCUUUUCGCACAAAAUGGUGAAAGUGCAAUGGGUUUAUCCCUUGAGGAUGGGUUAGAAUAUGCUCUUAGGAAGAAUCGCACAGUUCAUUCUAUUUCUUCUGUAGGACAGGAUGAUCGGUUAAUAAGUAUAUCCAAUAAAGGAGGUGUAGACAUUUCCAAAAGUGUAUCAACAGAAAAGGAGAUAGCUCAUCGUGGGAAGGAUGAUAAGAUAGAUGUCCUCAGCCCUCUCGAGAGAAGAGUAAUGAACUGGCACUUUGCACAUUUAGAAUAUGGUUGUGCUGCAAUGCUCAAAUCUGUUUCUCUUCCAUAUUGGAACCAGGAUGAUGUGUAUGGAGGGUUUGGAGGACCUCAUUGCAUGAUUAAAGGUGGCUACGGUACUGUUCUAGAGAGCCUUGCAGAAGGACUUGAUGUUCGGUUAAACCAAGUUGUGACUGAAAUAAUGUACAGUUCCGAGGAAUCAGAUGCUAGUGGUAAUAAUGGGAAGAAUGUUAAAGUUUCUACUUCAAGUGGAGGUGAAUUUGUGGGAGAUGCUGUAUUGAUCACUGUUCCUCUUGGUUGCUUGAAAGCUCAUGCAAUUAAAUUUUCUCCUUCCUUGCCCAACUGGAAGCUGUCUUCCAUUGACAGGCUUGGAUUUGGCGUUCUAAAUAAAAUAGUAUUGGAGUUUCCGGAGGUCUUUUGGGAUGAUAAUGUGGAUUAUUUUGGUGCAACUGCAGAAGAAACAGAUUUAAGGGGGCAAUGCUUUAUGUUUUGGAAUCUCAAAAAGACAGUUGGGGCACCGGUUUUGAUAGCUCUGCUUGUUGGGAAGGCUGCUAUAGAUGGACAAAGUAUCAGUUCUAGCGCUCAUGUCAGUAAUGCUAUGGUGGUUCUCCGCAAGCUCUUUAAGGGUGUUGCUGUACCAGAUCCAGUCGCAUCAGUUGUCACAAACUGGGGCCUUGAUCCUUUUAGUAGAGGUGCUUACUCUUAUGUUGCAGUAGGAGCUUCAGGGCAAGAUUACGACAUUCUGGGACGGCCAGUUGCAAACUGUUUAUUUUUUGCUGGUGAAGCAACAUGCAAAGAGCACCCUGAUACUGUUGGUGGUGCAAUUUUAAGUGGUCUGCGAGAAGCAGUUCGGAUUAUUGACUUGGUACAGAGUGGUAAGGAUUAUGUGGCUGAGGUGCAAGCUCUACAAACAUACCAAAUGCAGUCAGAUAGUGAAAGAAACGAAGUUAGAGACAUGUCGAGUAGACUUGAAGCACGCGAACUUUCAACUGCUCUAUCCAAAAACUCAUCUGAUCCAUCAUAUGCUGUAGUUAGCAAGGAAUCAUUACUGCAAGAAAUGUUCUUCAGCGCACAAACUACACCCGGGCGCCUACAUUUGGCUAAGGAGCUACUGAAGCUUCCUCCAGAUGCUCUCAAAUCUUUUGCAGGGUCUAAAGAAGGACUAACUACACUUAACUCUUGGAUACUUGAUUCUCUUGGGAAAAAUGCUACUCAACUAUUGCGGCAUUGUGUGCGAUUGCUUCUGCUUGUUUCGACUGAUCUGCUAGCCGUUCGAUUGUCUGGAAUUGGGAGGACUGUAAAGGAAAAGGUUUGUGUGCAUACAAGUCGAGAUAUACGUGCUAUAGCUCGUCAGCUAGUGAGUAUGUGGAUAGAAGUUUUUCGUAAAGAAAAGGCUAGCAAUGGCAGACUCAAAUUGCUGCGCCGAAUGCCAUCAAUUGAAUCGAGUAAGACUAGGAACAAGGAUCUACAAUCAGGAAUGCCUACUCUGCAUGUGCCAAAUGAAGCUCUAGAUAACCAUAGAGCAGGUGCACAGCUUGUAAGAUCUGCUGGGAGCCAUUCACCACACAAAACAAGCAAGAAGCCUGAGAACAAGUCUGUGAAAUUGGGAACUAUAAUGGCUACAAGGUCUGAUGGCAGCUCGCUUCAUUCCCAAAAGCAACAUUAUGACAUGGAACACAAGGAGGAUCAUGACAUGGUUAUGUCUGAGGAAGAAGCUGCUGCAUUUGCUGCUGCUGAGGCUGCUCGAGUUGCUGCCAUAGCAGCUGCACAGGCAUAUGCAUCUGUAGAGGCAGUGAGUGUGCCUCGCGAACUCCCAAAGAUACCAUCAUUUUAUACUUUUGCAAUGCGUGAUCACUAUUUGGAUGAAUCUGAAACGAGAAAGAAAGUGUUGAGUGACAAUCUUGGGAGACUUGAGUGCAUAUCAGAGAUCGAUUCCAGAAAUGGCAAAGCUAAGAACUCAUCAGCUGAGCAAGUCAAUUGUGCUGAUGUUGACAGCUCAAAAAUGACUGUUGAUAACUGUACGCAGAGGAGCUACUCAAACGAGAAAGCCUGCCUGAUAAAUAUAAGGGAUAACUCUGCAGAUAGUGGAGCUGUGGAAAGUCGGUUUACCAGGGCAUGGGUUGAUACUGAUACAAUCUGCAUUGAUGGUGUUAAGGAUCCUCUAGCCAUUGAGAGGUGGCAAGCACAAGCAAUGGAAGCAGAUAAAGAAUUCUACAGUCGUAUACAUAUACCUGAUGAAGAAGAUUCAAGUAGCCAAAAACAUACAUGUAAAAGUUCUGCCUCACAGGUUGCUGAAAGCAAACCUGCAUCUGAAGGACAACCACGAGGUGUAGAACAUAUAAAACAGGGGCUUAUAAAUUUCAUAGGCACACUGCUGAUGCCACUGUACAAAAGUAAAAAGAUCGACAGGGAUUCGUACAAGACAAUAAUGCGGAAAGCUGUCACAAAGAUCAUUGAGACAUGCACAGAAGGAGAGAAGGUGAUGGCUGCUCAUGAGUUUCUUGAUUUUAAAAGGAAAACUAAGAUUCAAUCCUUUGUGGAUAAGUUGGUCGAGAGGCAUUGGCAUCUGGCUCCAGCUCCCAAAUCAUAACAUGUGCAUUAUCUAGGAAGUUGUUACAUGUAGGGAAGCAAAUGUCUCUUUACAGGCAUUGGCUCCGUGUGGCCUAAAAGUUUAGUUCCAAAACAGACAUGAUUUCACUCGCAUUGAAGGCAACGUGACCAGGCUCAGAUUAUCAGGGUGACUGUCUUUGAUAAUCAUGAGCCAGAUGGGUACGUUCGUUUUUGUAUUGAACUUGAUAUCACCGCCAUCUUGGUAGUAGUGGGCUUUUGGGGACUCUGUGCACUCGACAAGCAUGGUAUGCAUCCAGUAAGCUUGAGCUCGUAUGCCAAGUAAGAAUUUUGAUGGCCUGAAGUGAAGUGGCAUAAGAAUAUCUGGGAUUCAAGCAUUCAGCAUGGUCUCGUAUGCAAUGGUGGCUCGUAUGUAUUACUAGGCAGUAACUUUAGCUCAGCUUAGCAGAUUGAUCGUGUUGUCCGUUCAGAGAUAACUUACAUCAGAGUAGACCCCAUCGUUUGUUUUUUCUUGUAUAGACUAUAGUUUCAUAUGCUGUUUUCUAACAAAUAUCUAACUUGUAUCGGUCGUGUUGAAGCUGCCGCAGUUUGGGGAGAUGUUUAAUAUUUGCUGCCUUCUGUACAUCCUCAUCGUUUAUGGCUGCUGAGUGCUAAAUGAUGUCAAAAGAAAAUUAUGCUUUGCCUCCAAAAGGCUUGUGCUUCAUUAUCCCUUAUGGUUUAAUUCAUGUAGAGUCCCAAAGAUGUUCAGAUA